AUGGGCGGCCGCAGAGCCAGUUCCAAAAGAAAUCAGACACCUCCGGUCUCAAACUCGAAGAAAACACGAAACGAUUCUUACUCUCCACCUCCAUUGCAUGCUGCUCAACUCCAACGUGCAAAACCACCUUCUCCCGACGAACAAAUGUCAGGCGAGUCUUAUUUUUCUGAUUCUACUUCUACCUUGUCUAUUUUAAACCAUCCUCCCAGCCCGUCUCCUACUCCCAACCACAAGAAGCAAAACAACUCAGGCGGAUCACAGCAAGAUGAUGCAAAUCCAAUAGUCGCAAAGCCCGCAAUUCGUAUCAUUAUUACGUAA